GCCAACAGACCUGGAAGAAAGACUUUGCCUUGGAGCUAACUCCUGAGCAUUUUGAGAUCAUUCAUCAUGAAGUAUGUAGUACAGGAAUGGCUCAGAGUAACUACCUUGCUAUUCAUAGCUCAAGCAGUUUCUGCAAUGGUUCUUCCCAAUGCCACGCUCUUAGAGGAACUUUUGGAAAAGUACAUGGAUGAAGAUGGUGAGUGGUGGAUCGCCAAGCAGAGAGGGAAAAGGGCUAUCACAGACAGUGAUAUGCAAAGUAUCUUGGAUCUUCAUAAUAAAUUACGGGGUCAGGUGUAUCCACCAGCUUCCAAUAUGGAAUAUAUGAUGUGGGACACAGAACUGGAGAGAUCUGCAGAGUCGUGGGCUGAAACCUGUCUAUGGGAGCAUGGGCCUGCAAGCCUUCUUCCAUCAAUUGGACAGAAUUUGGGGGCACACUGGGGAAGGUACAGACCUCCAACAUUUCAUGUCCAAGCAUGGUAUGAUGAAGUGAGAGAUUUCACGUAUCCCCAUCCUCAUGAAUGCAACCCUUAUUGUCCUUACAAAUGCUCUGGUCCUGUUUGUACACAUUACACGCAGGUUGUUUGGGCUACAAGUAGCAGAAUCGGUUGUGCAAUUAAUUUGUGUCAUAACAUGAAUAUCUGGGGGCAGAUUUGGCCAAAAGCAGUCUAUCUUGUAUGCAAUUAUUCUCCUAAGGGUAACUGGUGGGGUCAUGCUCCUUAUAAACCUGGCCGCCCUUGUUCCGCAUGUCCCCCUAGUUUCGGAGGAGGUUGCAGAGAAAAUCUUUGUUACAGAGAGGAUUCGGAAAGGCCUUAUUCUCCCCACGAACCAGAAGAGGAAACCAAUGAGAUUGAACGGCAGCGAUCCAAAGCCCAGGAUGCAACGGUGCAAAGCCGGCCAAGAACUCAUUCCCCUUCAGGCUCCACAGGCACUGAUGACAGUGAGAAAAAUGAAGUAAUAAGCACACAGCAAAUGUCUCAGAUUGUGUCAUGUGAAGUAAGGCUAAGAGAUCAGUGCAAAGGAACAACUUGCAAUAGGUAUGAAUGUCCUGCUGGCUGUUUGGAUAGCAAAGCCAAAGUUAUUGGAAGUGUACACUAUGAAAUGCAAUCCAGUAUUUGCAAAGCUGCCAUACAUUAUGGCAUCCUAGACAAUGAAGGUGGUUGGGUUGAUGUCACUAGGCAAGGAAGGAAAAAUUACUUUAUCAAGUCUUACAGAAAUGGCAUUCAGUCAAUUGGAAAAUAUCAGUCUGCUAACUCCUUCACUGUCUCUAAAGUAACAGUUCAAGCUGUCACCUGUGAAACAACAGUGGAACAACUGUGCCCAUUUCAAAAACCAGCCUCACACUGUCCAAGGGUGUACUGCCCUCACAACUGUAUGCAGGCAAAUCCACACUAUGCUCGAGUAAUUGGAACACGAAUUUAUUCUGAUAUAUCCAGUAUCUGCCGGGCAGCAGUACACGCUGGUGUAGUCCGCAACCAGGGCGGUUAUGUUGAUGUUAUGCCAGUAGACAAAAGAAAGGUGUACAUUGCGUCCUUUCAAAAUGGGAUCUAUUCAGAAAGUUUACAGAAUCCUCCAGGAAGCAAGGCGUUCAGAGUAUUUGCUGUUGUUUGAGUCUAGCAAGUAAAAUGUAAAACAGGCAAGUGAAACCAGAGCACUUGGACGAGAAUAAUAAAUAAGCCCAUUUCUUAUCAUUCCUAAAAUUUGUAUAAAGCUGUAACAUUAUUGUACAGAAGAUGUAUACUGCUUUCCACCAAAAAGUUUAAAUUACACAUAUAUCUUAAUAAAAAAAUCUGUAAAAGUAAACAUGGGAGAAAAAUUCACUUGAAAAUCUAUAAUGAUAUAUAACAAUAUUUUGAAUCCUGUGUUAAAUAUUGCUAUAUUUUCUUAGCAGUUACUCCUAUACAGUUAAUUCAAAGCUCAUAAAUGUUCUUUGUUUUCUUCAUCUGAAUAUAUUAUUGUAUGGUACUUUAUGUAUGCCACUAACAGUAACCUUAAAACUAUACCAUAGGGAGGCCUGAGGUUUUAUUUCCAAUGUACAUAAAAGAAGCCAUCCCAAUAAUUCAAUAUAGUAAAUCAUGCCUUAAAGUAAAAUAAAAAUAUAUAUAACUUUUUAAUGAUUUACAGUAGCAUUAGCCAUGCAAGCAUAAAUGAGGAGCUAGACUGUUUUCAAUUUCAUACUAAUCAUAACAAGUACAAAUACUUGUUUUGAAAUAAA